UGACAGCUGAAGAGACACAGAGACACAGAGACACAAAGCGACACAAAGCGACAGCCAGCGGAGACGCACAGACUCACAGAUGUCGGAUCCGGCUCCAGCGGCCCCCCCGGCCAAAGACAAAGCCCCGCGGAAGAAGGUGCGCCCCCGCCCCAAGAAAGAUGGACUGUCCCUCCCGAAGAUGAUCCUCAGCGCGGUGGGUGAGUCCAAUAGCCGCAGGGGGGUGUCCUUAGUGAAGAUCAAGAAGUACCUGAUCGGGAAAAACUUUGACGUGGUCAAGAACCGGACACGCAUCAUCCAGACACUCCGGAGGUUGGUGGCCAAAGGUCUUCUGAAGCAGGUCAAAGGUCAGGGGGCGUCCGGCUCCUUCACGCUCCCCAAAGUGGAGCCCAAACCAAAGAAGAAGACGGGGGUGAAGAAAACUACCAAACCAAAGUCACCGGCCAAAAAAGUCACCAAACCAGCAAAGAAGCCCAAGAAACCAGCAGCCAAGUCGCCGGCCAAGAAAGCUGCCAAAAAGAAGCUGCUGAAGAAGAAACCAAAGAAGGCCCAGCUGAAAAAGAAGACCCCCAAAAAGACCGCGUCCAAAAAGCAAACAGUGAAAAAGCGUCCCGCAAAGAAACCCAUGGCCAAAAAACCUUCAAAGAAACCUGCAAGACAGACAGAGAUAGAGAUGGCUAGGACAAAGCAAACCGCCCGUAAGUCCACCGGAGGAAAAGCUCCCCGGAAGCAGCUGGCGACCAAAGCCGCCCGGAAGAGCGCCCCGGCCACCGGCGGAGUCAAGAAGCCGCACCGUUACCGGCCCGGUACUGUGGCUCUUCGAGAGAUCCGCCGCUACCAGAAAUCCACCGAGCUGCUUAUCCGCAAGCUGCCCUUCCAGCGCCUGGUCCGGGAGAUCGCCCAGGACUUCAAGACCGACCUGCGCUUUCAGAGCUCCGCCGUCAUGGCUCUGCAGGAGGCCAGCGAGGCGUACCUGGUCGGACUCUUCGAGGACACCAAUCUGUGCGCGAUCCACGCCAAGAGGGUCACCAUCAUGCCCAAGGACAUCCAGCUGGCCCGCAGGAUCCGCGGAGAGAGGCGGCGGGAGCCGCGGCGCGGCGCGGCGCCGCUCCCGGCGGUGACCGGCGGAGGUUCGGAGGCUCCCCGGACUGAAAGCGGAGAGAAGCGGAGCUCCGCGGCCUCAGCGCGAGGAGACGGCGGUCCGGUGCCGGCCCGGGCCCCGGCGGUUCUCACGGCCCGUUCGGGGCCGGUGAUCGGAGCCGCCUGCAGCAUGGCAGACCCCGAGCAAGCACCCGCCGCCGCAGCCGGCGCCGCCCCGGCGGCCAAACCGGCCAAAACCACCAAAGCCAAAUCCGCCAAGAGCCCCAAAAAGAAGUCCACCAGGAGGCCCAGACCCGGCGUCCAGGGGCUCAUCGUGUCAUUUAUAACUGCGUCCGCUGAGAAGGGCGGCGUGUCCCGGGUCUCCAUUAAGAAGGGUCUGAUGGACAAAUACGACGUGGAUAAGAACAAAGUCCGCUUCAACACCGCCAUCAGGAAGCUGCUGGAGAAGGGGAUUCUGGUUCAGGUCAAAGGCAAAUUCAAGCUGAGCAAGAAAGCGGAGCAGAAGACCGCAAAGAAACCCGCCAAGAAGAGCGCAGCGGCCAAGAGGCCAAAUGCGGCCGCAAAGAAGUCUCUGACGAAGGUGAGGAAACCUGCGAAGACCACGAGCCCGAGGAAGACCGCCAAGAAGGCCAAGAAACCUGCAGCUAAAAAACCCACCGCUAAGGGACCAGCAGCCAAAACACCAGCAGCCAAAAAAGCAGCCAAGAAACCUACAGCCAAGAAACCUGCAGCCAAGAAACCUGCAGCCAAGAAACCUGCAGCCAAGAAACCUACAGCCAAAAAACCUGCAGCUAAGAAGACCGCCAAACCCAAACCGAAGAAAGCACCGAAGAAGAAGUGAGUCUGGGUUGACACACCAACAAAAAGGCUCUUUUAAGAGCCACACACCCCGACUGUAGAGAGCAGGUCCACCUGUGUGUUUAUACACCUGUCUAUACAAUACACACC